AUGACCAAAACUGCCAUCAUCAUCUACUCUCUGUACCACCACAUCGCCACCUUGGCUGAGUCUGUCAAGGCUGGUGUCGUCAAGGCCGGUGGUGUUGCCGAUAUCUACCAGGUUCCAGAAACUCUCAGUGAGGAUGUCUUGAAGUCACUUGGCGCUCCACCAAGACCAGACUACCCAAUUGCUACCCUUGAGACCUUGAAGGAGUACGAUGCGUUUAUCUUUGGUAUUCCAACCAGAUUCGGAAACUUCCCAGCUCAAUUCAAGGCCUUCAUCGAUGGUACUGGAGGACUCUGGGCUUCCGGUGCUUUGUACCACAAGCCAGCUGGUAUUUUCGUUUCUACCGGUACUGGUGGAGGAAACGAGGUGACUGCCGUCAACGCUCUGUCGACCCUUGUUCACCACGGUCUGAUCUACAUCCCAUUGGGUUACGCUAAGGCCUUUGGUCAACUCGCUAACAUCGAGGAGGUCCACGGAGGUUCCGCUUGGGGUGCUGGUACCAUUGCAGGUGCUGACGGUUCUAGAGCCGUUUCUGCUUUGGAGAAGGAGAUUGCUGAGAUCCAGGGUGAGACUUUCUACGAGGCUGCUUCGAAGUUGUCUGCUUAG